AUGGAAAAGUACCAGAUCUUGGACUGGCUGAAUCCUGGGGCUUUGGGGGUGAACCUGGUGGUAGAGGAGACAAAAACCAAAGCAAAAUGCGUGAUAAAGCAGGUGGAGUGCAUUGAUGAGCAUCAGGCCAACAAGGCCCUGGAGGAGCUGAUGCCGCUGCUGAAGCUUCAGCAUGCCCAUAUCUCCAUCUACCAGGAGCUCUUCAUCACGUGGAACAGUGAGAUCUCCUCUCUGUUCCUCUGCCUGGUGAUGGAGUACCACAAGGAAAGCUUCCAGAAUGUCAUUGAGAAGAACAGGGCGGCAAAGACAGCCAUGGACUCUGAGUGGCUGCAGAACACGCUGGGCCAGGUGCUGGACGCACUGGAUUACCUGCACCACUUGGGCAUCAUCCACAGGAACCUCAAGCCCUCCAACAUUGCCCUCGUCAGCAACGACCACUGCAGACUGCAGGAUCUGAGCUCCAACACGCUCAUGACCGACAAGGCCAAGUGGGACGUCCGGGCGGAGGAAGACCCCUUCCAGAAGUCCUGGAUGGCCCCCGAAGCCCUCAGCUUCUCCUUCAGCCAGAAAUCCGACAUCUGGUCCCUGGGCUGCAUCGUCUUGGACAUGGCCAGCUGCUCCUUCCUGGACACGCUGGAGGCCAUGCACCUGCGGAAGAACAUCCGGAGCUCCCCCGACAGCCUGAGAGGGGUCCUGAGGACCAUGGAGGAGAGGAAGGUCCCCGACGCGGAAACCUUCCAGUCCCUCUUGCCUCUGAUGCUUCAGGCCGACCCGGCGGAGCGAGUGACCGUCAGGGACGUGAUUCACUUCACCUUCGUGCGCAGCAACUUCCGAUCCUCCAGCAUCGCCCUGGUGCUACAACGGCAGGCAGUGCCCGAGUUCAUCAUCGACUUGCUGCUCGACAGCAACGUGGCCAGCACCUUCGAGGUCAUGCAGAACUUCUCCAGCCGCCCCGAAGUCCAGCACAGGGCCCUGAGGAGGCUCCUGAGGAUGACUGAAGGCCAGCUGGGUCUACCGUGGCCGGCGGAGCUGGUGGAGGUGUUGCUCACCACCAUGAAGCAGCACCAGAGGAUUCUGGACAUACAGCUGUGUGCCUGCGCCCUGCUGCUGCGCACCCUGGGCCAAGCGCUGGCCCGGGACCCGGCGGCCGCAGUAGCGAACACCAGCACCAUCAUCCCUGUGCUGCUGAGCGUCCUGCAGAGCCACCCCGCGGAGGAGCAGCUCCUGGUCGUGGUCUACAGCCUGCUCACCGUCGUGGCCAGCCAAGGACUGGUCACAGACGAGCUGCAGAGGGCAGGGCUGUUCGAGGACAUCCUGCAGCACCUGGAGGGCGUCCCCAGGAGCAGGGACAUCUGCAUCCACGGCCUGGGCCUGCUCUGGGCCCUGCUGGUGGGCGCUGUCAUCGUGAACAAGGCCCCCUUGGAGAGAGCCCCGGCUCUUGUCGCUGAGGUGCUGGCCACCUUCCCCAAGGAUGCAGAGAUGGCCGAAGCCGGCUGUUCGGUUCUGUGGCUGCUGUCCUUGCUGGGUGAGCAGCUGGGGGCCCAGGGCUGGAGGGCUGGCCAGGCCCCUGGACACAGGCGUGCCGGCCCCUCCCCAGGCUGCAUCCAGGAGCAGGAGUGUGCGGAGGUGGCGGACCUGCUCCUGCAGAGCGUGCAGCUGUGCCAGGACCGAGUCCUGCUGCUGAACAACGCCUACCGCGGGCUGGCCAGCCUCGCCAAGGUGUCCGAGCUGGCAGCCCUGCAGGUGGUGAUGCCCAGGGAGAGCGGCAGCGGCCUGGACCUCAUCCUGCAGACGUACCGGCUGCACCGCGACGACCCGGAGGUGGUGGAGAGCGUGUGCCUGCUGCUGGCCCACCUGGCCGCGCACAAGGAGAUCCUGUCCGAGCUGGCGUCCAGCGGCAUCCAGCCCCUGGUUGCGGAGAUCCACGGACGCUUCACCUCCAGCCUGGAGCUCGUUUCUUACGCAGCCAGCGUGCUCCGCAGACUGGAGGCGGCCGCCCAGUCCAGCUUUGAGGGCGGCCGGUAG